AUGAAGCAAGAAAAGCAAGAAAUUGUGAUAGUUGGAGCGGGGAUCAUUGGUGUUUGUACGGCAUAUUACCUUACUCAGCAUCCAGAUUUCGAUUCGACAAGACACCAUAUAACUAUUUUAGAGGCCCGUCGGCCUGCUGGUGGAGCGUCUGGCAAGGCAGGUGGUCUAUUAGCACUUUGGGCAUUUCCCCAGCAGAUUGUUCCACUAUCAUUUAAAUUACACCAAGAACUGUCAGAUCUAUACAACGGUGAAAAAGAAUGGGGAUAUCGAAGACUGGAUACUCUCAGUAUCGAGGGUAAUCUGACAACUAAGAAAAAGCCCACUGGUGAAACGUUUACCCCAGAUCUUCCCACACGUUACUCGAGAAAACCUAUAAAUGCAGGAGAACCCCUGCCAGAGGAAGUGGACUGGAUCCGUCCUGAAAUUAUUGAAAACUGGUCCAGUAUUGGUAGUCCUGAAACUACUGCCCAAGUUCACCCAUACAAAAUUACAACGUUCCUUCUAAAAAAAGUGCUAGAAACUGGUGCUGCUGAACUUGUGAUAGGUAAAGUCGUUAAUCUUCGUAAAGACGAAGAUGGUACUGUUAUUGGGGUUAGUUACGAAAAACAGUCCCGCGAGCGUAAUACUGCUGAAAGCACCCAAGAUGCUAACGCUGUUAACGAUGUGACUGGCACUGCUAAUAAGACGAACACUAGUAAUGGAGUUGCUGCCAACGGCAGUGAUUUAACAACAGUAGAUCUAGAAGCUGACAAAGUGGUUUUGACUAUGGGUCCUUGGACUUCAAAACUGCUACCAACAUGUCCUAUUUCUGGGCUGCGGGCUCAUUCUAUCACAAUCAAACCAAACCGCCAGGUUUCGGCGCAUGCCAUGUUUACGGAACUCAAGGUCAAACGUGGUCAAUAUGUUUCACCUGAAAUUUAUCCUCGUAAAGAUGAAGUAUAUGUAUGUGGUGAAGGUGAUACUCUCGUACCAACUCCUGAAUCUACAGACGACGUUGAAGUCAAUACAGGCAGAUGUGAAGACCUGUUCAAAUACGCUGGUGAGAUAUCUGAUGUUUUACGUUCAGGCCGAAUUCUUCGUCGUCAAGCCUGUUAUCUUCCAGUGACAGAUAUUGCUUCUUGUUCGGGCCCAUUGAUCGGACACACAAAUGUACGUAAUCUGUACCUUGCAAGUGGUCAUAGUUGUUGGGGUAUAAAUAAUGCUCCAGCUACAGGAAAAAUUAUGGCUGAAAUCAUCCUUGAGGGUAAGGCUUCCAGUGCUAAUGUCACUGGUCUAGAGCCUGAGCUGUUCUUUGAUGCUACUAGUAUAAAUUAA